AUGCUCAAGGGUAAGCCAUCAGAAGGAUAUAAACAGAUGCCGAGAUACAUAUGGAUGCUAAAUAAAGUGUAUCCAAAUUCAUAUAUAAGGAUGCAAAAGACGGAAGAUAAUAAAUUCAUGUAUCUGUUCAUAGCCCUAAGACCGUUGAUAAGAGGGUUCGACUACUGCAGGCCUGUAGUUGUAGUGGACGCUGCACAUCUUGGCGGGGCUUACAAGGGUACUUUUGUAUCAGCAAGCACACUUGAUGGUGCAGGAUGCAUAUUGCCAUUGGCAUAUGGUGUUGUAGACACUGAAAAUGACUGUUCGUGGACAUGGUUCUUCGAAAAUUUCAAAAAUGCAUUUGGUGAGCGUGAAAACAUGUGUAUUGUAUCGGAUAGAAAUGAAAGUAUCAUAAAGAGUGUAAGCAUUGUAUACCCAAACGUACCUCAUUGUGCAUGCAUAUGGCAUCUUUGGAAGAAUGUAUGUUCAAGCUUCAAAAGGAGUAAAAAAACACUAAGUGAUAUAUUUUACUCAAUGGCAAAAGCAUACAGAAAGGAAGAUUUUGAUAAAUUAAUGGCUAAGGUUGUGAAGGUUGAUCAUAGGGUGAAGGAUUACCUUGAAGAAGCUGGUUAUGAGAAGUGGUCAAGAGUUCAUUCAACCAUAAACAGAGGUAGAAUGAUGACUUCGAACAUCGCUGAGUGUAUCAAUGGAUGCCUUGUCGAUGCACGUAAGUUAACUAUAAUAGACUUCUUGGAGGAAGCUAGACUUUUAUUUGGUAGUUGGAACUAUAAAAAUAGAGAAAUAGCGUCAUAUACAAAGGACACAUUGGGCCGAAGAUUUGAGGAGAUAUUGAUUGUAAACGCAUCUAAAAGUUCAAAGAUGAAGGUUGUUCCAUCAUCUGAAUAUAUUUUCACAGUUCAUGAAGCCGGAAAAAGAUACAUUGUAUGCCUUGAGAGGAAAACUUGCACAUGUGGAAGGUUUCAACAUGAUGAGAUACCUUGCGCACACGCAAUUGCAGUUUUGAAGCACAAGAAUGUUACCAAUUUGCACCCAUAUUGCUCUGAUUACUACAAGCCGUAUGCAUUAGAAAAAAUGUACGAGGUUGUAAUGGUUCCAAUGCCAGAUAAGGAGGAUUGGAACGUUCCAGAAUAUGUUUUAGAUGAAAUUGUCCGGCCACCUAGGUACAGAAGGUUGGCUGGACGACCAAGAAAGCAAAGAAAGAAAAAUGCGGAUGAGAAAAUAACAGUGAACAAUAAUUGUUGUGGGCAGUGUGGACAAGAAGGACAUAACAGGAGAACUUGUACUUUCUUCCCGAAAGAGAAUUGA